AUGAGAGCAAGCUGGUGCGCCCACGCCGCCGCCGCAGAGGCAUGCGUGGCAGAGGCAUGCGUGGCAGCCCCCUUGAGUCGCUGGCCCCGCCGCCGCUCGCGACAGGCUGGUGCCGCGCAGCGGUACGCCGAGGCUCGAGGGACCGCCGAGCUGCUCGCCUCUGGCUCGGACGACUUCACGGUCUUCCUGUGGGCGCCCGCCGCGGGCAAGAAGCCGAUCGCGCGGCUGACCGGGCACGUGCAGCUCGUCAACGCGGUCACCUUCUCACCCGACGGGCAGUGGCUCGCCUCGGGCUCGUUCGACGGCGCCAUCCGGCUGUGGGCCGCGCGGACGGGCAAGUUUGUCGCAGCGCUGCGCGGGCACGUGGGCGCUGUGUACCAGCUGGCGUGGUCGGGCGACUCGCGGCUACUCGCGUCGGGAUCCAAGGACUCGACGGUCAAGGUGUGGGAGCUCAAGAGCCGCAAGCUCAAGGAGGAUCUGCCUGGCCACGCUGAUGAGGUCUACUCGGUCGACUGGUCGCCCGACGGCGAGCGGGUCGCGUCGGGCGGCAAGGACCGCAAUUUGAAGAUGUGGCGUCGCUGAGGAGGUGCGGGGGCGGGGCCACGGGAAUCUGGCGAACAGUACAAAUGUGUGUGGAAUGUCGCGGCAGGGAAGUACUCGUAAUUAUGUAUGUAAAAGAGGGAAGCAGUCGAGAGG